AUGGCUUCAGAAAUCGCCCGUAAGGAGAGCAAGAAGGACAAGAAGGACAGAAAGGAGAAGAAGAAGGAGCUCAAGAAGAAGGCGACUAAGAAGGAAGCGUCCGAUGAAGAGGUAGAGGCCCCAGAACAAACGGAGGCUGCGCCAAGCGGAACUUCCAACAGGGCCACUCUCGAAGAAAUCUCUAUCGAUUUGGCUGCAGGAGUCCCACUUUCUAAGAAACAGCAGCGUUUGCUCAAGAAGGGUAAGUUGAACUUGGAAAAGCUUGCAAAGAAGAACCCACCCGUCAAACCCGAGCCCACACCAGAGGAGGCUGCUGCUGCCGCUGCUGCUCCUCCCAAGUCGACAAAGUCCGAGUUCGGAGUGUGGAUCGGAAACCUUUCGUUCGACACCACCAGAGAGGACUUGAUCCGUUUCAUUGUCGGAAAGACCAGCACCUUUGGCGAGUCUGCCAGCGCCGACGAGGAUAUCAAGGUCACAGAAGACGAUAUCUCGCGGGUCAACUUGCCCAAGAAGGAAAACAAGAUCAAGGGAUUUGCCUACGUGGACUUGCCCAGCUUGAAGCAUGUCACCACCGUGAUUGGGUUGUCUGAGUCUGUUUUGAACGGCAGAAAAUUGCUUAUCAAGAACGCCAACUCGUUCGAGGGCAGACCAGCCAAGGACGCUGGUGCCACCUCGAGCUUGUCCAAGAAUCCCCCCUCCAGAAUUCUUUUCGUGGGAAACCUUCCUUUUGAUACCACGGAAGACAACCUUGAGGAACACUUCAGACACUGUGGGGAUAUCGUCAGAAUUAGAAUGGCUACUUUCGAGGAUACUGGCAAGUGUAAGGGAUUUGCAUUCAUUGAUUUCAAGGACGAAACUGGUCCUACCACUGCAUUGAAGUCCAAGUUGGCCAAGAGCUUGAUCAACAGACCAUUGCGUUUGGAGUACGGAGAAGACAGAUCCAAGAGAACCCCCAAGAGGGAGGAUAGACCAGAAAGACAGGAAAGAGUGCAUAGAUCGGAGCCAGCAGAAAGAUUCGAAAGGCCAGCAAGAGCAGAAAGACCAAGACCUCCUAAGAGAUCGUUCAGAGACGACGACAACUCAAACAAGAGAUUGAAGUCUUCGGUUGCGUUGGCCAAUGCUCAGAGAGCCAGUGCUGCUAUUGUUCCUUCCACCGGUAAGAAGACUACAUUCGAUUAA